AUGCCACGCGACCGGAGUGACUGGUCCAAGCGAUCUCGCCGCUCCCGUCGAAGCGAGGAACCCGAGACCCGAAGUUCGGGGUACUAUUAUCGAGAUUCUCGCGACCCAGAACAGGAAAGUCGUACGCGAACCAGAACCAACCAGAGUGAUUACCAUCCCGGAAACGACCCUUAUGACCGUGGCUCAAACGACCGAGACGACUAUGGAGGGGACGCGUCGAGAUACGACGGCGAUGACGAGAUCUCCACUUCAAGCUACACGUCAGCCUCUUCGCAUGGACCUAGAGAAAGCAGUAAAGCGAUGGUUCCCUAUCAAGACUCGAGCAUCAGGAGAAGCCGAAGUGCUUCGUCAGACUCGACCCUUGUGAUUGAAGCACCGGCCCCCGAUACCAACCCGCCACCUAGUCGUCGGCACCGUCAUCGAAGCCGACAUCGAAGCCGUCAUCGAUCCCGUUCCAGGGAUCGCUAUUACGACGACGAUGAUUCGGCAUAUGGUGUAUCUGGCCCAUCCGAUCCGUUCCCCGCGGAGCGGAGCGAUACUCAUCUCUCAGAGCGGCGCUCGUACACAACCAACAAUAGUGGUCGUAAAAGAUACGAAGACUACUCGUACACGGCUGACCGUCGCAGUUAUCGAAGGGAAGAGUGCUCGCAAGAGCACUAUCACGGUAGCCGCCACGAGGACCAGGAUUACUCGUAUUAUUCUGAUGAGAAUCCCCAAACAAGUUUUAGUCGCACUGUCCAGGUCAACGUUUGGUCCAGCUCCCGACUGGAAUCGGUCAAGCACGAGAGUCCUAGUAGUCACCACCCUGGGGGGCGCAUUACCUACAACCUGAGGCCAGUUACGUUGAGAUGA